AUGCCUGUAGAUGUUCCGUUAGGCGGCAAUGGAAAUGGGAACCAGCCCAUGCACAAGUUGGUGGAGCAAUUUCUGAAACUCAAGCCGCCCAAGUUCACUGGCGCGGGUGAUCCUGAGGCUGCAACCCUCUGGAUUAGGGAGUUGGAUAAGGUUUUUGCCUUAUUGAGAUGUACAGAUGAAGACAAGGUGACACUGGCAGUCUACCAAUUGCAAGGUAACGCCAGUACUUGGUGGGAAGCUACCCAGAGGAGGGUAUUUCCCGAAGGUACGGCCCGGGUGUGGGGUGCCUUCGUGGAAGCUUUUUAUAAUAAGUACUUUUUGGACUGCGCUCGAGAGCAGAAGAUGAAUGAGUUUCGGCGUCUUCGGCGAGAACCAAUUGUCGGUAGACCGAUGCUGAGGCAAGGUUUCUUGAAUGUCCCAAUAUGCCCCGAGGACUAUAAUGAGCUGUAUGAAAGAGCGCAAUUAAUUGAGAGAAACUUGGCUGAGAGGACAGCCGCGUCUGGAUCGCGGUUUGUGCCAAACAAGGAUAAUCAUCGGUUUGGGAAGAGACCGAUGACAGGAAGUAAGUUCCACGUCCCUCCUAAUAAGAAAGGUGGCGUGAGGAAACCGGUGUACAACAAUAAUGGCCCCUGUCGAUUCUGUGGAAGACACCAUGGAUCAGCCCCUUGCCCUAUGAGGACGGGAGUUUGUUUUGGAUGUGGCCAGCACGGCCACCACGUGAGAGACUGUCCACGCCAGGCAGCGGGAGCGCAAAGACCAAUGCAGCAGGUAGGACAACCUGCAAGUAGUGCCCCGCCGAACCAGUGGAACCGACCCCAAGUGCAAGGCAGGGUCUAUGCUGUCACAAGGAAGGAGGCGGAGGACUCGCCUGCCGUCAUUACAGGUACGGUUUCAUUACACGACCAUGCUGCCUAUGCUUUGUUUGAUCCUGGAGCUACGCAUUCAUUUGUGGCUAAGCAAUUUGUGGAAUUAGUGGGGUUAAGUCCGAAACCGCUGGGAGUGGUUUAUAAUAUUUCUACCCCUUUAAAGGAUAGUAUAGUGUCUGCAGUAGGCUGUACUGGUUGUAGAUUAUCUGUUGGUGGUCGUGAGGACAGCAUAGAUUUGAUUGUUUUGACGAUGUUCGACUUUGACGUGAUUAUUGGAAUGGAUUGGCUCACCAAGCAACGAGCCACGGUAAACUGCUAUCGUAAGACGAUACAGUUUGAGCCAGUAGGGAGUGUCGGUUUUGAGUUUGUCGGGAAUCGAGGAGGACCUUCGAUCCCUUUAAUCUCGUCACUCGAGGCGACUCAGUUAUUGGAUGAGGGUUGCCAAGGCUAUUUGGCGACUGUAAUUGACACUUUGGUAGAGGAACCUGGUAUGCAAGAUAUUGCUGUGGUGCGAGAAUUUUCGGACGUUUUCCCUGAGGAAUUGCCUGGGGUGUUCAAAGAAUAUUUGGACAAGUUCGUGAUCGUGUUCAUUGAUGACAUUUUGGUGUAUUCGAAGAGUUCAGAGGAACACCAACAGCAUUUGAGGACAGUGCUGCAGACCCUUCGAGAUCAUAAAUUGGGGAUAUGA